AUGGCGAUUUCUUUCUCUGCACCAACUCUUCCUGCGCUUAAUCCCCAAAACUCAACUAAAUUGUCCUGUUACGACUAUUCAUCGAAACUAUCAUUCUCUUCUUCUCUUCAAUUUCCUCUUCGGUCUCACCCGAUUCGAAUCGGUAAUAAGGCGAUUUCUUCUUCCUCGCUGCCUCGGCACCGUCCUUUGGUGGUUGAAGCAAAGAAGCAAACAUUUAAUUCCUUUGAUGACUUGUUAGCGAGUUCCGACAAGCCUGUUUUGGUUGACUUCUAUGCUACCUGGUGUGGACCUUGUCAAUUCAUGGUUUCAAUCCUCAAUGAAGUGAGUACUGCUCUGAAAGAUAAGAUUCAGGUCGUGAAAAUUGACACUGAGAAGUACCCUAGCAUUGCUGGUAAAUACAGAAUAGAGGCAUUGCCGACUUUCAUCAUAUUUAAGGAUGGGAAGCCAUUUGAUCGUUUUGAGGGUGCCCUCACUGCUGAUCUGCUUAUUCAACGCAUUGAAAAUUCAUUAAGUGUUAAGCAAUAG